CAGGUUGGAGCAUGGCGAUACAUCACCAUGGUUGGGGAGAUGGAAAUGACUACCUCUGUGUGUAAUCAACCGCCGUAGCCUGACUUUGCUGAUAGAGCAGUUGUAUCAUCAGACAAUUUAAAUUUCUGUUUUUUUUAAAUGUUCAAUGAAUUUUCCACUACUUUACACAUCAAUUUUCAGGCUAGGCCUAGCUAUAUCCUCUAGGUAGGAGGAAAAAGGAGGAGGUCCUACCUUAUUCUAUUGUCUGCUGUAGCUUGUUUAGGCCUAGGCCUACUCGAGUGUUAGUCCAUCAUUCACCAGGAAUAUAGGAUCUGUGAUGUGACCAGGACAAUUGGGCCAGACUGAGUCGAUCCACAACAUGCUCUCUUUCCUCCAGUCAACAUCCAACUCAACAACUAACUAAGCCUAUUUUGAUUCCAACCAACCGUGGUGAUUAAGGUCAUCAUGUAUGUGAAAACAUCAUUGUUGCUUAUGAAAAACCAACUCUUGCGAGUUGCAUUUUUUUGUCACGUUAUGGCGUUCCGAGAUUCUGUUGUCAGUAUUGGAUCUGUUUCUCCCAAAUCCUGCAGUAUUUCCGCAUCACGGCUGCGACAUGCAUACUCUCAACGAGAUAUUAAUUACACUGGACUCCAUUCUCAACAACACAUACCUCUAUCAACAAUAAGUGCAGAAGAGCUGCUAGGCAGCGACAUUGAGUUCAGUGGAUUUUUAUACAAGCGAUCUUCUGAGCGAAAGACAGAUAAAAUAACGUCAGCCAUCCCUAAAAGCUUGAAACUUCCUUUUAUACCAAAAUGGCAACUACGCUACGUGAUAUUGUACAAGGACUGGUUGUAUUACUUUGCAUCGGAAAAGAGUAAACGUCCGAAAGGAGCUUUUUGUUUGAAGGGAUAUCAUCGUGUGAUGAGAGCUGAGGAGGCAGCGACGACAGACCAGCGAUAUGCAUUCAAGAUAAUGGGACCAAACCACAACAUGAGGACGUAUUUCUUUGGAGCAGCAUCAGAACGUGAGAUGACAUUAUGGAUGGCACACAUCAGAGUUACAAUGGAGAAGGCAUUACACGGCUCGGCCAAGAACAGAUCAUUACAGCUACUGGAUGAUAUAAAACGAAAGAAUGAACGAGUGUUUUCACGUGUUAAUGAGCUGGAUGAGCGUGGUAUUGUCCGAAGCGAUUCUGUCUCUAGCGGCAGCAGUUAUCAGGACGAGAUAUACGAGGAUAUUGAGAAACCUUUGCCAUUGUACGAUGAUACCGAAUCAUGUGUAGACUUUCAUCCUGCUGACAUUGGCGACCGGCCGUUACCUCAACCACCGGCAGAAUGGCAGAGUCAUGAUUCCGGAACACCAAGAAAGCCAGAUUUCUCCCGUGGAAGAUCCGACACAAUCACCCCGUAUGUCAAUAGCUCCCUCAAUUCAGAAGAACCCUUGAAACGAUUUCGCUCAAAGCGAGGAAUGGUAUUUUUCUCACCCCGGCUAAAGAGACAUAUUCCCCCCGCCCCACAGAUCCCUUUGAGAAACAGUUCAUCAUCGUCACAUAGAGUUCCCCCUUUUGGAUUCAGACUUCCAUCUCUUGAUAGUGAUGAUAAUGAUGAUGAGGAAGAUGACAAUGUUCCAGAUUAUCUGUUGCCCUCCUCAUCACCCCAUCCACCGCAUCGAGGAAAUUCAGCACAAGUAACAUCAAGGGUAGUGCCACAGAGACCAGAACCUCCACGGCGGAAGAGUGCUGAUGACGAGAACUCAAUAUCUGUCCAUGGACUGCGGCGAAGACCGGAUGGGAACAGUUUCCGUGUCAAGCACGAGGAAACGCAACCAUUAACCAAGAAGCCACUUCCCCCACCAAAAAAACCUCAGAUAUUACCAAAACCAGUCAUUAAUAAAGUAUCAUACAAUAAGGUUGGAGCCAUUAAGGAUUUAUUACCAGACUCGGCUAUAUUUGAAUCCAGUGACAAAGUCAAGGCAGAGGAGAUGCUGAAAAAACCCAAGGUUGAAGGAAUGUAUCUUGUAAGAAACAGUGCUCAAGCUGGUCAGAAGGUACUAAUGGUUUAUCAUGGAAACGAAAAAUGUAAACAUUAUAAAGUAUUUGGAGAUGGGACUUUUUCUCUAGAUGGCAGGCUUUUGUUGCCCACUAUGGGAGAGCUUCUUGAACAUUUUCACAGUCACUUCCUCCCAACAUCUGAGAACUCUGUAUUGAUAGUACCAUAUCCAGGCCCUGUCUAAUUAGCAUACUCAUAAAUAUUCAUAAGCCCUUUGUAUGAUUAUAGUAGUCAUGCCACUAAUGAGUAUUGGGUUAGAGGAAAUGAUGUAAUUAUUGGUUUUUAUGAAUAUUCCACAGACCAUGUAUAAUUAGCAGUUUUACUAUGAAUAAUCAAAAGUCACUGCUUAAUUAUUGGACGUAGUACUUAUUAAUAUUCAAAAGACUGCUUAAUUAUUGGACAUAGUACAUUGAAUAUUCAAAAGACACUGCUUAAUCAUUGGACAUAGUACUUUGAAUAUCCAAAGACACUGCUUAAUUAUUGGACAUAGUGUUUAUGAAUAUGCAUAAGAUACUGCUUUAUUAUUGGACAUAUUGCUUAUGAAUAUUCAAAAGAUACUGCUUAAUCAUUGAAUGUAGCACUUGUGAAUAUUCAAAAGACUCUGCAUAAUUACUGGUCAUACUUCUUGUGACUAAUGGAUAUUCAAAUAGUCUCUUAAGAUUUAUUCGCAUAUCUGUAUUCAAAGAUAUGGUAAAGUGGCAUGCGUUGCCAUUAGGGAGAGAGUUGCUGUCACAUGGGAUACCUGCAAUAGCAUACAACUGACAAGCUCAGUGCUACACCACAAGCUGCAUUCACAUUUUAUUGGUCAGGUUCACACUAGAGCCCUAGUAUCCGGAUCUAACCGUUAGCACUAAUAUGAGAACGGCCGAUUGGUUAGUGCUAAGCAUUACCAGGAUCCAGAUACACUAACGGUUACCAAGCGCUAUCGGCUAGCAAGUUUCUAUUAUUAACCAAUCACAUGUAUACAUUUCCAGUUUCCUAUUGGCCAUUGAUCCUACCAUCAUCUUUUUUGAUAUCUGGAUCAAAGAUAUUCUUGUAUGAAUGCAAGGGUGUGCACGUUUGUUGUUUAUCCGGAUCCUGCUAACCGUCAGCUGGCCUGCAUGAACAUAGCCAUUAUUUAUUACAAGAUUGUAAACUGUCUAAUGCCCUGUUAAGACUAUCAAAUUUUAUUUGACAAAAAUCUGUUCCAUUCUCAUGUGAUGUCCAUGACCAUAUAUAGGCAUGAUGUGCCUAUAUAUGGUCAUGAUGUGAUGUCAUCAUGACCAUAUUUAGACAUGUAACAUGUUUUUUUCAAGUAAAAUUUAAUAGUUGGGACAGAGUUUAAUAAUCUUCAUUUUAUGCUGCAUCACCUCUUUGUGCUUAGCAAUUGAAUUGAGAUAAUGUAACCGUGUUACAUAGGCCUAUUAGUAGCGCCGAGCGCUUUUUUGAUUGAACGAAACAAUUCAAAUUAGGCUACUAUAUAAUAUAUUCUAAAUGACUGAUGUCACUCCAUCUUGUGACUCUUGCUAUCUGAUCAUGUGCCUCUUGCCAAUUGAUCAUGUGACUUGCUAAUUGAUCUUGUGACACUUGCCAAUUGAUCAUGUUGAUCAUGUGACUUUUGCCAAUUGGUCAUGUGACUACUUUCAUGUGACUAUUUUAAAUAGACCAUGUGACCUUGCCUUUUUAAUGCUGUGAUUCAUGCUUAAAGAGAUGUGUUGAUUUUAUUAAGUAUUGAAGUAUGUGUUUUUGUUAGCCUUGAUAAACUGAGCAAAAGAUUUUGGGAUUCGAUAGUUGUUUUAUCAUCACAAAAAUAUAAAAGGGUAAAAGGCAGUAGUUAUGACUUAUAUGUAUGUGUGUAUGUGAGUGAGGUUAUGAGGGUGAUGUGUGAUUAGGUGAUAGUCCAGAAGCUUAGGUUCCCUUAAGCCUGUUUCCCCCAAGGCGAAUUUAUUCGCGCAAAUCGAAAGCGUCAGUUUAUGCGCAUGUGCAUUCAAAUUUCUAUCACUUCUAUCUAUUUUUUCAGCAAAAUCAGUGGGUUGAACCUUUUCUACUUUUUGCGAAGCGAAAAAAUGCGCAACCAAUCUGAGCUCAGGAAGCGACCCGACGCUUCUGGUUCUCGCGAAUAAAUUCGCUUAGUGGAAAAAAAAAAGCUUUAUGUCCUUUGCAGGCUUCGAAGAUUCAUAAAAAAUAAGGCACUCCCCCUUUACCAUUUUUGACUUAAAUGUUAUUUUUUUUAAACAAAAAUAAAUAUCCCAAUUACUCAAAAUCGAUUCCCAAUGCAAAAAUAGAUAAAGAAACUUCGCCUCUGGCUUCCCCUAUCUUUACCACUGUGCCUUGUUUUGCAGUUGUCGAUUGUAUUUGUUUGGUAAAAACUAUGUUGAUGAUAAUUAAUGAUUGUAAUUUUUACUAAAGGAUAUAUUAACUUAUAAUGUACUUACUAAUGCUGCACUUAAGACUAUUAAUAACGCGAUACAAAAAUAUUUAGUAUGAUGUUGAUGAUGAUAAAAUCGGGUACAGUAUUAUAAAUUCAACCUGUUAUAAAUAAGAAAUAAAUUACAGGACAAAGUUUAA